UGAUAGUAGGUAUCAGACACCUAACCAAACCAACUGUCGGAGUACCUAAGAUCAAAGCCUGGACACAAGUACACAACAGCUUUGGCGAAUUAAAUAUGGCGCCAGUUCACUGGGUGACUAACUUUUUAAAAUCCAUAGUUUUAAAUCGUUUAAAAUCCAACUUUUAAAAUAUUUGAAAUAAACAAUGAAUUGAGAAAGCCAUGUCGUCUCGAAGAUGUUUUAAAGCAAAACACACUGUUAAAGUGGUAAGCUUUAAAGACGGGAAAGUCAAUCGGAGAUCAAAGCUCAGUGUACCCAUAAAGUAUUCAGAAAGAACUAAUGUUCACAAAUAUACGUCCUCUUCUCUACCUGAAACUUCAGCAUGUGGGCAGCCAGAAGUCAGCUUUGGUGGAGAUGAAAUUGUUGGGCCAAGCUUCAAACCAAAGCGUGGUAAAAUGCGUUUGAAGAAGAAAAUUAAGGCUUAUCGCGAUAGAAAGAUUAAGUUGGGGAAUGCUUGGCUUGGUAUUCGACAACAACUCUUCUCUGCUUUUCUGGAGCAUCAAGCUAUGCCUGUCAACCAAGGUUGUGUAAUUCCUGAGUGCAAAGAAAGUGCAUGUGGUAGAUGCCUUGACUGUGGCCCAGCACAUUUUAUGUGUGAGGAACAUAUAAACCUUGUUCAUGCCUCUGGUCAGUCUUUCCACUAUCCUGAGAUUUGGGAGAUUGAAAAGUAUAUUCAAUACAAAUUUAAAGAAGUUGUUGUUUGGGAGACAAAUCACAAUUUAGAUCAUGGUUAUACUCGUGAUGUUGUCGUCGUUAAUAGAAAUGGUCAACAGCGUCUUGUGAAGUUUAAAUUCUGUUGCCAUGAGCCAGAAGCAGUGACAUUAAUGAAAUAUGGUUUGUGGCCUUCAUCACCCAAGGAACCACAAGCAGCAUUUGAAAAAAAUCUUAUGGAAUUGGUCAAAUAUAUCUUCUUGGAAUGCCGAACAUCUUUAAAGUCGAUAUGUCAGGCAAUAUACUGGAUUAUGCCUUCUCUUUCACCAGUUUAUGUAAAGGACAUAUAUCGGCUACUUGUUGGUGAAAAUUUUGGAGAAUACCGUUACCUUAGCUACAUGCUGGAUACAUUUGGUGGGAAAAAUGUGCAGUUGGAUAAUGUUAGUCAAUGCCCUGCAUGCCCUAAGGUAAACAGUACAUUGUAUAUAAACAAACGUAUAUACAGUACUAGGUAGCAUUUAUUUGGAAAUCCUUUAUACUUGUUGUCUAUACCUUAAUGGUUUUGUUGUUUGUAAAGAUAAUAAUGAAAAUGUAGUAUUGGCUUGAAGAAACUUUAUUCUUAAUCACCAGACAAUUUUCAUAAAAUUU